CGUGCUUAUUUAUAAAUCAGUUAUCGAACUGUUUUAUAGCUAUCAGUCCUGCUUUAAUACUUAUUUAAAACUAGAAAUCUGAAAUGAAAAACUUCGUAAUAGUUACUUUGGUAGUGUUAGCAGUAACAGUUUACGGACGCCGACGACCGUUCGUCAUGGACGAGCAAUGGGUGUGCGGUAUAAAGAAAUCGUGUGUAGAUUGUUUGCGGUUGCCCCACUGUUCCUGGUGUGAAGCUGAGAGUACAUGUUUUUCAAAGAAUCUGCCCUUAUUCGAAGACUUUUGCGCGGACAAUGCCAUGCAUUAUGUGGACCACGGACUGAAUUUAGAAGAUAACGCCAAGUGUACAUGUAGCAGCUCGGAGAUAGAGAACAACUGCUACCAACCAGGAGUGUACGAUGGCGCGGAGUGCUCCAACCGAGGGACUUGUCAGUGUGGUCGGUGCGUGUGUGACUCCCCGGCUGACCCUGAUCACCCGACUAAAACGAUAGUGGGGGAGUACUGUGAGUUCGACAACUUCUCCUGCGAUGGGCCGCGGUGUAACGAAGGACCCUACUACAUCCACCAGACGUACGAUGACGAUAUGGAGUGACGUCAACAAGAGAAAGUAAGCCUUACCUUAAACAGGUGAAUAGGAUUAGGUGGAAACGAAGAGUCUAGGAUUUUAGUCUUUUAGUAUAGAUAUUGUCGAAUUCUUUGAUUAAAGAAAGCAAUUAUAA